AUGACGGAGAGCACAGCGGCGGUGGCAGUUGAGGCAGACAUGCCCGUUGCUGAAACACGGAUUUCCACCGUCUCAGCCAGGUCCUCACUGCUCGACGCCCCGAUCACGUCCAAGGAUGCCCCCCCUCCAGUGGACGACGACAGCGAAGAGCUGGAGGAGGRGAAUCGAGAAGCGGAAGAGAAGGCCGACGCGGACACCACCACCACCACAGCGAUAGCCUCAUCUCCUUCGGAACAUGUUUCAGCGUCCAGUCCUAUAGCUCCAUGCACAGCAGAAACAGGAACAGUAGCAGAUAUUGAAGACGAGGUCGCGAUCCUACGCCCUGCAGCCCCGGGCAGGUCGCCAUCUGACGUCGACGAUACACACUUCUCGCCUGUGGUUGAAACAACACCGCAGCCCGUAUUUGUGACAACCACCACCCUGCACGAUCCGUCUCUCGAUCACCUCUCCUCGCCGGAGACUCCGACUGCCACAUCUCCCGCUACCCUCAGGGAAGACGACCAGCACAAGUCCACGGAUAGCCUGGUGUCAGUCGCAUUGUCCCAAUCUAGCAUUCCAGAAAAGAAUCUUGUUACCGAGGAAGCGGACGACGCAAUGGCAACCCCGCGCGUCAAAGGGACCAGACGGCACCUGCGUAAGGUCAGCAGUCUUGACAUCCUGCAGAACAAAUGGCCCUCGAAUGCCGGACAUGGGCACGACACGCUGUUCGACACGUCGAGCGAGUCUCCGAUGAUGCCCAUGUCCGCCAUGGAGCUGAAUACAGAGCGUGAAAGUUGGACACGACAAAACUCUGAUCUUGGAGCUGUUUCCGAGUCGAGGAGCAAGCAGACGAGAAGAGAGACAAAUGCUUCCCUGGACACGAUCGACAUGCUCGAGCCAGGCCUAGAGACACCGGCACUCACCGCGAGAAGCAGCAUCGACACCACGGAUCGCACAUCUGGAAGCUCUUCGGAAGAGGAUAUGCAAUCGCAGGUGGACUGGUCAGUACUAGACAAGACCGAAGAGCAGGAGAAGGAGGACAAAAGCAUCCCAGAAGGCGCAGAAGAUGAGUCCACUGCUUUCCUCCUCGCCAGACUCGAACAAGAGAACGCCAAAUUCGCUCUGGACCCAAAGGCAACGUCCGGCAAAGGUCGCCCUUUCGCCCGUGCCCGAGCUGCGAGUCGUCCACCAAGCAUGGCACAACUCAAGAAGCUGGUUGCGGAGCGAGACGCACCUUCAAUACGGUAUAGCAUGGCAUCCGAUGCAGGUCUGCCAGCAGAGCUACCACCCAUGACUGAACUUGAAUUCUGGGCAGCGCUGGUCCAGGACUAUCCAUCUACCGCUGUUCGAUUGCCGACACUCACCACAACCAAGAUUCGCUCUGGCAUCCCGCCACCUCUUCGUGGUGUUGUAUGGAGCUCAAUGGCAGGUGCGAGGGACAGAGACCUGGAGGAAGCAUUCGAGAAACUGGUGAAUGAGAAGAGCCCAUAUGAGGGCAUCAUCAACAAGGACGUCGGUCGCAGCUUCCCUGGAGUGGAACUAUUCAGGGAUGCCGAAGGUGAAGGCCAGAAGAUGCUGGGCAGAGUGCUGAAAUGCUUCUCGUUGCAAGACAAGGACAUUGGGUAUUGUCAGGGACUCGGCUUCCUGGUUGGACCACUACUUAUGAACAUGGGCGAGCGCGAAGCAUUCUGUGUACUCGUUCGUCUCAUGGAUCACUACUCACUGCGGCCAUCAUUCCUACCCUCUCUGUCCGGUCUACACAUGCGCAUCUACCAAUUCUCCGCAUUGCUUAGGCAACACCACGCAAAGCUGCACAAUCACCUCACAGAUCUCGGCAUUGAACCCGCAUAUCUCUCGCAAUGGUUCUUGUCCUGCUUUGCUGUCACCUGCCCGCUGCCAAUGCUCUUUCGAAUCUACGAUGUAAUAUUUGCCGAGGGAGCUAACGAGACCGUGAUGCGUGUAGCCCUUGCACUCAUGCGCAGACACGAGGAGAGAAUGCUUGGUACUAACGAGUUUGAGGAGGUCAUGCAGCUCCUACUUGGACGCGAGCUUUGGGAUUGCUAUGGUGGCGAUGCCGAUGAACUUGUGGACGACUUCACUUCCCUUGGCGAGAUUGUGACAUUUGCGCGCCUUGCCGAAUUGGAGAGGGAGUUUGACAACAAGUCUUCAGAAGCCGUUGGUCAGAGUGCAGGAUUUCUCCCAGACGUGCAAGCAGCUGCUGGCCGAUUUCUGGGUCGCCUCUGGGCCCCUGGAAAUGCCAGUACACCGAGCAAGCCUGCUACCAACCAUGCACCAAGCCCGAGUGUCACAACACUAUCUCCACAGUCGGCGGAGAAGGAUAAUGCUCCAGCUGGAGCCAUGGGCAUAUUCGGGAGACCGACGAAUUUCCUCAGGAGGAGCCCAAGCAAACAGAGCAUAGCGCUGGCCACCGACAGCACCAGCAGCGAAGAGAGCAUGUCUACCGCUGGAUCUGGCGCUGCCAGUCUAGCCUCCACCGCUCCAACUGAAGUGGACACGCAAACAUUAGAUGGCAAUGCAGCAUUACGGGAAAGCAUGGCUGACUCAAUGAGCAUGCGAUCUAAGGCCGAAUCAAUCAUGCCGAGCCAUGCUCGGGAGCAGCAAGAGCUUCACGCACAGAUCGAAGAUCUACUAGUUGCCAUUGGUGAGAUGCAGAGGGAGCAUUCACAACUUGCUGCGAUGCUGCAGCGCGAGCGAGAAGAUCGGAGCGAGGAUCAUCGCACCAUGAGGCACCUUGUCAUCAAGCUUCGCAAAUCAGACAAGGAGGAUCGACGGCGAACGCUGCCGGUACCUCCGCGCAAGCGGCAACAGCCAGGAGCUUCACCGAAAGACCGGCCCCUGAGUCUCGGAAGUCGGCAAGAAGUUGCAGGUGAGCAGAAAAUGCAGAAACCAAAGGACGACAUUGAAGAACUCGUGGAGAAGAUGCAGGAGCGUUUGCAGAUGAAUGUGCAAUUUUCUUCCAACCUUGAGACCAAGGCCCACCUGCGAACGACUCUAGCGCGGACACGAGAACAGCUUACUAGCGCUGAAGCCCAUGCCAGAGAAUUGACCGCUAGUUUGGAGUCUGCGGAAGCCUCUGUCAGCACAUUUCAGUCGGAGAGCGAAGAUCUGCGAUCCGAAGUGAAGGAGCUGAGGCUUCGAGUCGCUGAUGAGUACAAGGCGAGGCAAAAGCUGGAGCACCAAGUGCAAGAGCUCAAGGCUCAAGCACGGUCAGUGGACCGCAAGGAGCGUCUUGCUCGUGCUGAGAGCAUGAGUGAGGUACCGACGCUCAGCAGAAAGACAAGUAUGCCAGCUGGAUCUGCUGGUGGUCUUCGCGAACUCAAGCUCGGGCGCCGAGAAUCAAGCUCUUCUAUGCAGAGCCUGCGCGUUUCUCGCUCGCCUCCAAUGCUACAGACCGACAUGUCGAUGGGAUACUCGCGAUUCGCAGACAACUCAUCCCCGGAAGGAACUCCUCCAAGCACAUCGCCGUACAGAUCAUAUCCGGACAUCACCGCGACGCCAGCGUCGGCCAUCGAGCCUCCUCCCUCUGCAAGCAGCUUUUCCAAGGAACGACGAGGUUUUUCAAAGCGGACGUCAAGUCUAGCUACACAGGAAGUCUUUGCAACACCCCAACACGAGUCUGUGCCUGAAGAGGCACUCUUGCUUGAACUGGUCAAUGCAAAGACUUCAGAGGCUCAAGCCCGACAAGAAGUCGACGAGCUUCGCAAGGCGCUCUCGGUAGGCAGGAGAAAGCAAGACGAGGCCCUGCAACAAUUACGGGCCGAGAUGGACCUCGCAAAGGCCGAGUCUGCCAAGGCUUGGGAGGUUGCUCAGAUUGCGAGAGCAGAGGCUGAUGCUGCACGCACGGGUUCCAUCUUCAGCCUCCCACCGACUCCAUAUUCUGAGGAUGUUCAUGGCACGAGCGGGCGUAGCACGGCCGUAUCUACGCCGAGCGAAGAGAAAUUGAGUGGUGCCUCCGUGUUGAAGAAGGCCGAGGMGGCGCCCUCAACUGUUGGAGGGUGGUUCUGGGGAAGGCGGACGGCGAGUCAGAGCGUCAAUCCGCCGCCUGCGGUCAAGGAGGCUGAGUAA